AUGGAAAUCAAACGGGACAAAUCCUCAAACUUGCUUCCUUUAUUAGAUAGGCACAAAGUUAUUGUUUAUGAUACACCUGUUUGUGUCUUUACCAACAUAUUUAUUGUUUCUUCUUCACCAGGAAAGAUGCAACAUGAUCUUCUAAGAGAGCUGGCUAUCUAUCUGAGCAGCUUGGACCCUGUUGAAAAAAGAAAGAGGAUAAUUGUAGAACUAAGCAGCAAUAAUUUUCCCAAUUGGUGGUUGGAAGAAAAGCAACCACCUCUUGUCUAUUUCCACAGGUUGUUAUCUGUACCUCUCCAACCUUCAGACACAUACACACAAAUUAAGAAAUUUACUCAUACCGCUAACUUCUUUAAGCCGUUUAAUCACGAUGAAACAUUCUCAUUCAAUUGGGGCAGCAUUCAAGCCCCAGAAGUUGAGGUUCUAGUUCUCAAUUUUCGGACAAAGAACUACACCUUGCCUGUCUUCAUGGAGAAAAUGGAGAAAUUGAAGAUUUUGAUAGUCAUGAAUAAUGGUAUCUACCCACCGAAUUAA